GAGAUUAGAGUUAAAACACAAGAGCGUCUCUGAACACAGAACAUGUUGAAGUUUAAAGUAGGGCUGAACGAUAUAUCGCAUUUGCGAUAAUAUCGCGACAUGAUCAAGUGCAAUUUUCUAACCGCAAAGGCUGCGAUUAUACUCUGUUUACGUGACAUGCGCGAGUAAAACAUGUGAUAUGAUCAAACGAGAUUGUCUAACCACAGAGGCUGCACUCUGGUCACGUGACACGGGGAGCAAAGUUUUGAAACAGUCUACCGAGAGUGAACUAGCAAGCAAAGCUGUAGCCUACACAAUGGCCUCAGGUUCAACAGAACCAGAGCCUGCGGGGAUGCUAGUACCAAAGAGGAACUGCACAUCAGCCGUGUGGGAAUAUUUUGGGUUUAAAAGAGAUGAUGUCGCACAGAGUCAGGUACUGUGUAAAACCUGUCUUGGUAGAGUUUCUACAUCUCGGGGAAACACUACGAAUUUGUACCAGCACCUUAAGACUCAGCACAAAACAGAGUAUGAUAGAUGUAUGGCUAAAAAAAUCUAGUAGUGUGCAGAAUAAACCUAGUAACGUUACUCGGCAAGGAUCACUGACCGAACUGUUUGAAGGUGUUACGCCAUAUGAACGCACUUCAAAACGGCACGUGGAAAUCACCAAAGCAGUAACCCACUCCAUCGUGAAAGACAUGAUGCCCGUCAAUACGGUGACCAAGCCUGGGUUCAAUAAUUUGGUAACUACACUGGAUAAGAGGUACAGAAUGCCCUCCCGCACGUAUUUCAGUCAGACUGCAAUACCCGAGCUACAUAUGCAAUGUAGGCGGAGGGUUGCAGCGGAGUUAAAGGCUGUUGAGUUUUUUGCGGCGACAACAGACAUGUGGUCAAGCCGUACAGCAGAGCCCUAUCAAAGUCUGACGGUGCAUUACAUUACCGAAGACCUCCACCUCGAAGCUCGCAGCCUACAAACGGCCUACUUCCCCGAAGACCACACAGGGGAAAACAUUGCUGCUGGCCUGAGAGAGGGGCUUGCGUGUUGGGAUCUCCCUGAAGACAACCUUGUCUGCAUAACGACGGACAACGCGUCAAAUAUGGUGAAAGCAGCACAGCUGAACGAAUGGACCAGGCUCCAGUGUUUCGGACACAGAUUACAUCUUGCUAUUGGUAAGUUACUGCCGUGAGAGAGAGAGAGAGAGAGAGUGUGCGUGUGCAUGCAUGUAUGCGCGAGCCUGUGUAUCACUCUCUCCCACAAACACACCACACUAUUAUUUAUCUUGUUCUUUACUGCUGUUAAUUCUAGAUAUGUUAUGUCAACCCCACACUGAUGUACCCACCUCUUCUUAUGUAUUUUCUUUUUUGUUUUUGUCUUAUGGUCUUAUGUUCUUGUAUGUCAUGAUGUAUGUAACAAUAGCUUUGGCAACACUGUUCCCAUAGUCAUGCUAAUAAAGCAACUUUGAAUUUGAGAGAGAGAGAAAUGGUGAAACCUUGCAUCAUAACUGCAAUUGUAUGAUUAACACUAAUUUUACUUUUUACUUUAUUUUUUUUCCCUCCAGAAAAUGCAAUCAAAGAUGGUAGAGUAUCAAGAGCAAUUGGGCUGUGCAAGAAGUUGGUGGGGCACUUCUCGCACAGUUGGAAGAAAAAGGCAGCACUCACUGAGGCACAGAAGGAGCUUAAGCUUCCUGAGCACUCUCUCAUUACUGAGUGCCCUACAAGAUGGGGGUCCAAAGAGAAAAUGAUUGCCAGAGUGCUGGAACAGAUGAAAGCCAUAUCGCAGGUAUUGACAGGUGACCGACAUGCACGCUCCCUCAUCCCAACCUGGCAGGAUGCUGAAGUGUUGGAGUCCAUUCAUAAGGCACUGCAUCCUCUCUCCGAAUUUACUGAUGCUCUUUCUGGAGAAGAGUAUGUGAGCAUCUCCUACCUCAAGCCAGUUCUCCAUCUUCUGGCAACAUCAGUCUUGGCUGAAGAUGCUGAGGACACUGAUCUGACUAGAUCAAUUAAAACCAAGGUCCUGGCAUACCUCAACGACAAGUAUAGUGACCUCAACACCCAGGAGCUUUUGGAUGUUGCGUCGUUCAUGGACCCUAGGUUCAAAACGCAAUACAUCAGCGCAGACAACCUUCCUGCCAUUAAGGCCCGACUGAAGACAGAAAUGGUGGAAUCGGCUAGACGUACACAUAAUCAGGAGAAGAGGUCUCGCACUGAAACUGCUCAAAAUUCUCCAAGUGCACAGGCCUCUGGGGGAAAGGCAAAGAAGACUCUUGGUAGUCUUUUUAAAACCAGUGCGGCCUCUUCAGCUUUGCCUCUGCCACUUGAAGAUGUCGUGGAGGCAGAGUUGAAUAGUUACCUGUUGACCCCUGUCAUUGACGGAGAGGAUGAUCCCUUAGCCUGGUGGAAGGUGCACAACAUUCACUUUCCACGACUGUGCAAGAUGGCCCGCAAAUAUCUGUGUGUGCCAGCCACAAGUGCCCCCUCAGAGCGUCUGUUCAGCACUGGAGGGAAUAUAGUGACCUGCACUCGCUCAUCCUUAAAGCCAGCAAAAGUAGAUAUGCUGGUCUUCCUAGCAAAAAACCUGUGAGCUAGGAUGAUUAUGGCUAGCUGAGCCAUACUCAUUGUGCACUUUAGUUUGUGCUGUGUUGCUGUUACUUACUGCAGAUAAUCAAGAUGUUCAGCCAGUUUUAAUUUAAAGGCGUGUUUGUGUGUGUGUUUAUACAAUUGCUAUUAUGUUUGCACUUUAUGUGUAAUGUUACUGACUGCAGAGAUCAGUAAGAUGUGUGUAUUUUUUAUUUAUUAGUUUUAUUUAUUUAAUAUUAUUUUUUAAUUUAAUGACUGUCUAGUAGUUCACAGAUGUCGAAAAACUGAGUGUGGUAAAGCCACUGAUUUUUUUAUGUAUAUUUCUGCAAUCUGCACAUUGUACUGACUUUCAUUUUAAUGUUUACACCAGGGUUCCUUGUCAGCACUUUAUGCUCAGAUGUUUGUAAGCUAAAAAUAAACUAUUGUGUAUGUUCAAAUAUACUGUUGUGAUUGAAGAAGUUAAAUAAAAAUGUCAGUCAUCAAUUCAUGCAUCACCUCAUGUCAUCAUAACAGAGGUCUGUCUUCCAGGAAAGAACAGUUUAAAAUUAAUGUAAUAUAGUAUUGGCCAUACUAUAUGAUGUAUUGCUUGUCUUUGUUUAAUAAUACAGAAGACAAAGACCUUAAAAAAUAAUCGCAUCGCAAUAUUGGGGCAAAAAAUCGCAAUUAGAUUAUUUUCCAUAAUCGUUCAGCCCUAGUUUAAAGUAGAUCUGCCUCAGCAGCAGCAAACAGGAGGACAGCGCCACCAAAGUUACACAGCAGACUGGAAAAACGCAGCUGGUCACGAUUUGAACACAUUUGGAGGAUCAGAACAAGCAACGUCAUACACAGCUGGGACCUGCAAGACAAAGUCCACAAAGUCCACACU